AUGUCUGGAGGAGGAAGACAACCUGAAGUUCCUACUCAUAGAAAUGAUAGCAGUAGGAGACCAAAUGCUGGAUUUGAUGGUCCUCUUGCUGGCAGUGAUCAUAGUAGAACUUCAGACUGUCACAGCUUCAGUCAUGGAGGGCAACCAAAAAGAGACUGGCAGAAGGAAGCAAAUAAAAUGUAUGAAGAUUAUGUCGCUGUAUGUCCAAGGAGUCAAAGGACAAGUGGGAAUCUUGGAAACACAAGUCCUUCUUUAGGACAGUCGAAUCCUUUGAUGAACGAAAGCAGAACUUCAUUGAGUGACACUGAGGAAGAAGAAAGCACCUACCCCGUGGAACCAUCUGAAAACCAAGAUCAGCAUCUUCGUUGUGUCUUCCACCUCUUUUUGGAGGAGAAAGUCGAGUCUGUGAAGAUUCAAACAGAGAGGCCAAUGCUUAACGGCCAUAUCACGAUGAACCUAAAGUUCUGUCCAGAAGAAAAACACUGGAUAUCUCCCGAACUUUUCGUUCCCCCCGAUCAACAGGAUAAUUUUCGUUAUCGUUAUGUGGUUAAGUACAAGGAAGGCAUCGGCGAAUGGCUCUUCAAAAAGGUUACUUUCCGUGGAGGAAAUGACGAAAAAACCCUAAAAGAGGCAAAAACCCGCAAUUUGAAUAGCGGCAGGGAUCAGUAUGACAUUUUUCGUAGUCCAAAUGACAAAAAUCUGAUGAAGACUAUUUUCCUCGGACAAUUAUUCUAUAUAAAGUGGCUGUAUAAAAAAUUAGGCAGAGGUCGCGAUCUGAAAGAGAUGUUAAUUGAGUGCGAACAUGUGGGCUUUGGGCACCCCAGCUAUUCGGUGAAUGAUGUUGACGACUUUUUGGAGUGGGUUGAAGAAAGCACCGCUAAAUGUCCGUCUUGUUAUCAGUCUGUGUACAUAUGCUGUCUUUUUGGCCAGUUCGUGCAUCGCAUGCGUGCCUCAGCUGAGGACUAUUGUAGAAAGCUCGAAAGGAAGGCUAUUGACAGGCUUCUAUUAUUGCUAGAGCCCUGCUCUUUUGAAGCGUUACCUAAAAGCAGUGUAACCUUCAUCAAGAAAGUAGCAGAAUGUCUUUUUAAAGCUGGAUCCUCAGCGGGAUGUCUACUUUUCAUCAAGAUUUUCUGCAACCUUCUUGAUUUGGAAUACGUAAUGCAGGUGGCAGACAAGCUCUCCUCAAAGUCCUACACUGAACAUCAAUUCGAUGGACAGGUACCAAGUGUGCUAGCAUCUCUGAACCGAGUUAAAGACUUGAACAGUCGCAACAGAUUUUGCUCGUAUGUGAUAAAGCAUUCCCCAAGCGUUACAUGCCUUUGGAAUCUGUAUGACGCGUUGUUACAAGGGUGUCCUGACCUGUUUUACACCCUCGAGGAAGAAUUUACCAGCGUCUAUUUAACAUUUACUCUACACCAACGUUCAAGAAAGCCCGAUUUUCUUCAGCCCUGUUUUUGGAGUGCAGCACCUGGGAAAUUGAAAGCGAGACUUGCCAGUCCAUUCUGUGAAGUGUUGGUUGAGCAGAUCCCGUCAGAAACUAGCUUUACACAUGAAAGACUGGACAGUCUGAGGAGCAUUGCUCUCGAUCCAAAGCUGCAGUCAGCAGACACAUUUUGUCGUUUAAUUGUGAAUGUCUCAUCACAUAAAUCUGUAGAGAUGGUGUCCAUGAUUCUGAUUCUCCUCAAGUCUGAGGCAUUUCUUACUUGCUGGCACACGAGAUUUUCUCGUGAAGAAAAGUUGAAAGUAUCGUGGAACUGGAUAAGAUCACAGUUUUUAGGCAAGAAACCCAGUGAACAAAUUCUUGCCGUUGUAGAGGCCAGUGCGACAAUACGUGCAACAGAUGCAGUAAAGAGCGAUGAGACACUAUGCCGUGCUUUGAUAGAGCAUGUAGAACAAAUGGUUUUGAAAGGAAAUUUCCAGUCUAUUAUGGAUGCUGUUGCAGUUGCACAGAACCGAUCGCCCACAAUCCUGCCUCGUCUAAUAGCUCUCCUUAGAAUGGCGAUAAAAAAGCGAAGUGGAUCCGGUGAUCGUCGUUCAAAAUAUCGGCAAAUGGUACAACUUCUGGGCUAUGAUCGUUCAAGAGAAAGAGAGAUGAUUUUACAAAAGGUCACACUCGAUAGAGCCCAGGAAGAGCUUUUAGUCUCUAUUGUGGAACUUGUCCAAAUACAAGGCGAGGGAGAAAAACACAUUAAUGUGGAAGAGGUGUUGAAGGCGAUGACUUCCUACAACGAGCUUUGGUUACCCCUGUUCAGCGCAGUUCACCCCAAUAGUACACUUCUGCAGCAUCCUACUGUGUCAGUCGCCCUGAAAGCUUUGCUAUGCUUAACAGAUGAACAGCAAAGGCAAGGCCUGCGUGUGGAGUUCUUGGUCACACUGAAGAACAACGAGAUCAGUCUUCUUGCUGCGUAUUGUGUCUUGGUUUCUUCCCAAGAGUCAUCAAUUGAUCAGAAUAAGAUAGAGGAAUGGAAAGCGCUAUUGUCGUCGGAGUGCGAAAGGGCUAAAAUCUUUUGUGGACGUUUUUCCAAAGUAGAGCAGACAUUUCGUUUUCUUAAGAAAGUAUGUGAAGGAUGUGUUGUGCUUUCAGAUGCAGACUCUAUCAUCGAUGAGAUCAACAAGAGAGAGAGAGUAAAAGUUAAUGCCACUCUUAAAGAUGCUCUUGAUGUGAGCUACUGGGGCACACUGGAUAAGUUGAUGGGAUCCUCAGAGACAGCCACAAAGGUUCAAGGAAGUAUCAUUUUUGCCAACGUUGCACAUUUGUGUUUGGAAGAAAACCUGGCGUCUUCUCAAACAGCAAUGGGUGAGUUAGCUGUUUCUGCAGACGACCUUCCACAACACGAGGCUGCUGAGGUGCUGCAUCUUCUCGAAAACGAAGGCAUGCAUCAAUUUAAAGAGGCAUGUACCAGUUUAACUGACAGCGCGAAGGAUCCAAAAAUCGUGGAUGUUGGUGCGCUCUUGUCUGGUAUUGAUAGCAAAGAGGCUCUUGGUAGAGAGCUACGUGAAGUUACAUCCAUCUGUGGUACGUUAGUUCCCAAAAGGAAAGAAGAAAUGCUGCAAAACUAUCUAUCUUUUCCUCUCGUCUGUGCAAAAGUACAACAGCUGAUGUCGAUUUAUGCAGCCCUUGGAUUUGAAGAUUCUAAAGAUGAAGCUGUUACCAAGGAUCUACAAGACUUCAUGGAGGUAUCUUCAAGCCCCGGCAGUGACCUCACGUUGAGACGUGUCUCUGAGAUUGUUGAGAAGAGAAGCGUGGCUAUGGUAAACUCUGAGCUAGACGAUACAUUGAAGACCAUCAUGGAAACACUUCAAAUGUCUAGUGAACUGAUUUCGUUCAUGAAAGAAACUGCGAAUGAAGACAUUCGGAUUCUAAUUGAUGCUGUAGAGGAACAUUCUGAUCAGUUUGUCUCUGAAGCUAUCGUCUCGGAUUUAAUAGAUGUACAUGGAUUUCUGCGCAACAUCUUACGACAAACCCCAAAGGAUCCUAUGAUGUUCCUUGAUAGUCUCAAGAAGUGCUACCGAAAGCUCGAAAAGAAAUCAGAAAUGGCAGCAAAAAUCAAAGAGUGUGGCUGUAACGUUCAUAGUCUAAGAGGCUUGUAUAUGAAUGUUGCUAACCGUGGAGAGAUGACGAAAGAAAUAAUCAAUAACGCCGUUCAGAAAGGAUGUUACAGCAUUACAACUAACUCUGAUGGCUCAAGUGAUGUCCAACUCAGUUAUCGUCGUAAUGAAAGUGCAGCAAAAGAGACGACCUAUAGUAUGACAGAACUUCACGACCUGAGAAGCCGAGCUCUCCUAAUUUUGAAUACAGACAAGAAGCAGGAACAGGUGGGGAAUUCAGAUGACUCCAGUGCUUCAUUUGAGUCUGUGAACCAGACAUUACCAACAUUCAUAAAACAAGUGGAGAUGAUUACCGACAUUGUCAACAUUGUCACAUUGCUGCGAGAAUCUGGUCAUCCAAAGUAUGAAAGCUUUUGGCAGAACGUUACGCUUACGUCCUCUCACGAUAUUGAGUCUCAGGCUCGUACCCUGGAGUCUACUUUGGAGGACUGGGAAACAUUGUUAAAGCGUUUGCAAGAGCAGCACUAUUUCCUCAAUUUUUUCCAUCCUGAUCAGCUGUGGCUGUUACACAACUUUUUUUCAAAGCGUUUAACGAAAACACAGAGCCAACUCUCGCUGACUUCAUCCGUUCACAGCUUGCUGCGUUUUGUGGAUCCAAGUAUACAACGUGAAGAGCUUGAUGAUUUCCGCAGCCUUUACAACGCACCUAAAGGAAACUCUGGACUCAAGGGCGACCUCCAGGCGAUUGGAAAGGUUUUGGACAGAAUCUUCAUUCCACGCCAAAGUAUGCAGAUGGAAAAGAUACCACAACACGAUUUGCAAAGAGCUGUCAAGCCCGGGGAUCUGUUUGUCGCUGUCCUUGAACAUGGCAGUAAGCAGACAGCCAAUGUGGUUAUGUCAUUGUUCGAGAGUACAACAGGCUCUUUUCCACAGCCUAGUCAAGUCCUCUUCUGCCAUUCAGAGACCAGUUGGGAAGAGGUUGAGAGACUUCUGAAACGUUCUUUUGAAGCACAUAGCCAUUCCACUGUGGUCAAGUUACACUGCCUUGCAAACGUCGAAAACCUUUCAAAUGACAUGCAGUUUGAACUUGUUACAGCCAUUAGAACAUACCAAAAGAAGGUUGAGGGUCCUUAUCUGUUAGCGCUAGUCUGUUGUGGAGGUAUCCAUCAACACAUUGCUGAUCAGUUCUCUACAGCUGCCCACAACAUUCUUGGAAUGUCAGAACCAAAGCUACGGGAUACUUUCAAGGAAAAUUUUCCUAACGUUUUCAUGGUCACUUCGGAUCUUCCUGGUGUGGGAAAGACAGAGGCUAUCCACGAGCACGCGGCAUCAUGUAAAAAGAAAGAUUUGACUCUACCAAUCAGGGGGCCUUUGUCACGGAAAAACCUCUUGAAAAGGUUGUCUGGUUUGAGCGUUUCUCCUCACGAAUGCAUUCAUUUUGAUAUUGGUGAAGUGGAUGACCCGUUGGUGCUGGACUCUAUGAUGUUCGAACUGGUUGUUGUGGGUAUGAUGUCCUGUGGCACAGAACUUUUCCAUCUCCCGACCAAGCAUGUGUACAUCGAAAUUGCUAACACACUGAAGCACUGGCUUCAAAAUUCACUUCCAAUUACAAAGUGUUUUUCUCCUUUGCACGUAAACUUGGUCGGGUAUAAAGACCUUGUCGUAAGCCAGGAGCCAUUGAGUCCGGUACAAGUGGUCUGCCAGUACCUUCAUGCUUACGAAUCUGGUUUGUUGGAAACCAAAGAUCUGAAUCCUGUCAACCUAAAGCCUUUGUCACCUAACCAAUGUAAACAGCUUCUAUCGAGGCAUUUUUCGUCAACGGGGGAUCUGUCGUACAACAUUGUUGAGAGUUUUCUCAAGGUUUUUGCGGAUCAGCUCUUACAGUUUUCAGAAAGUCCUUUUUUCAAAACUCAUAAUUUACAUGCCGCCUUAGGCCCACAACAUGAUGUCCGAAACUGCUUAUUCAAAGCCCUUUUGGAGGUGUCAAGAGAGUUUGCAUCACGGUCUGUUGUAACCUGUAAGGAUGUCCAAUCAGAAGCCAUUUCAAAAGAGCAAGCAUCCGAAGUCUUAAAAAAGCUCCAUUCGUCCUCAAGGAAUGAUGCAAAAGAAAUGGUUGAACGGGUUGAAGGAAUGAUUCAGUGGGCUGACAACAAUCACCUUGUUAUUGCGUUUCACAGACUAGAGGCUUUUACUAUUUCUGCUCUGUACCGUGACUUGUCGCUGGUGCCUUCCAAUGUACAGAAACUGUUGAAAGUACAGGCGAAGAAAGGUUAAGAUAUAAAAGACUUUGCAAAGCU